AGCCUCUUCAAACCCUAGGUCAAAUCGAGUUGCUACGGUAUAAAUACUAAAAUCAGUCUUUCAAGAGUUUCCCAUCCGCUGCUAUUUCCCUCCUUCCGAACUGCUGCUCGUCGGAAUCGUUCGCCGCCAUGGGGAGAAGGCCAGCAAGGUGUUACCGCCAGAUCAAGAACAAGCCGUACCCGAAAUCCCGCUUCUGCCGUGGUGUCCCUGACCCCAAGAUCAGGAUCUACGAUGUGGGGAUGAAAAAGAAGGGAGUCGAUGAAUUCCCCUUCUGCGUCCACUUGGUUUCGUGGGAGAAGGAGAAUGUCUCCAGCGAGGCUCUCGAGGCUGCCCGUAUCGCAUGUAACAAAUACAUGACGAAGACGGCUGGGAAGGACGCUUUCCAUUUGAGGGUUCGAGUCCACCCGUUCCAUGUCCUGCGUAUCAAUAAGAUGCUUUCGUGUGCUGGAGCUGAUAGGCUCCAGACUGGUAUGAGGGGUGCCUUCGGUAAGCCGCAAGGUGUCUGUGCUAGGGUGGCCAUUGGGCAGGUUCUCCUGUCGGUUCGUUGCAAGGACAACAACAGCAACCAUGCUCAGGAGGCUCUUCGACGUGCCAAGUUCAAGUUCCCUGGUCGUCAGAAGAUCAUUGUCAGCAGGAAAUGGGGGUUCACUAAGUUCAACCGUGCUGACUAUGUGAGGCUGAAGCAAGAGCAGAGGAUUUUGCCUGAUGGUGUCAAUGCCAAGCUUCUUGGAUGUCAUGGACCAUUGGCGAAGCGGGCUCCUGGACAAGCGUUCUUGACGUCUGCUGUCAAUGCUUAGAAACUGUGUUUUACCCCUUUCUAUAACAGUAGUUAAUCUUCCGAGGAACAUCAAACUCUUUUCUGCAUUUUUUGUUGGGGUGAUAUUCGCUUUGCCCUCUGUUAUAUGAUGAUCUCCCAGAACGUUGGUUUAUUGUUUUUCUUGUCGCUAGUCUGAACGGUUGUAGUGAAUGUGCAAUUUUGUACUUGAUUCAGAUCUGCUCGUGGUAUUGAUCAUGUACAAUUUCCUUUUGCUUUUAAGUUAUCGCCAUUAUCAGUCUUAAAACCAGGUGGUGUUUGCCUGAGGUUUUCUGGCUUGGAAGAUGAAUGUUUGAGAUCCUGAAUCUGAACUAAGGGCUUACUGCAAGUGGUAAGCUUGAACAAGGAGCGGUCGGUUUGAGUGUUCUCUUCGGGCAAGUACCUCAGUAUUCAUGUUCGUCUAGCUACGGAAUGUAUGCAGAAUAAUGUUAAUGUGAUCUCAUAGUAGAAUGUAACAUCUAAAUCAAAUGUUUUAAAUUGGUCAAAGAUGGUUGUAAUUGUCGUUUGGACUUUUUUUUGGUUAAAGAUGAACAUUGUUGAGUUUGUUCAUUUAUCGAAUUACUUGAGAAGAGGCUAAUUUUGGC